AUUCCGAAAAAGGAAAACGAACCCAACCCGAAACCGUCCCCUUUUUGCAAUGUUUUUUGAACAAUAUGGACAAUAAUAAUAAGGGAAAGAAUGCACGUCGCGAUUCUGAUUCUGAUAACAGUCGAGCUAUUUCCUCAUUUCCUGAUAACAGCUACGGGGAGUACAUUAUCAGCCGCAGUGAUAUAAAAUCGGCAUUCUUUUAUGGGACUUGGUCCGUACAAAAGGCCACUAAUGGAACGAGAAAAACAUAGCAGAUGGAAUUUUCUGGGACUCCCAUUCUGUUUUCACAUGUUCAAUCGCGUGUGUCACGUGGAGGGGUCCUCCCAUUUUCCAACACACCGGUCACAGACCGGCUUGACGGGCUGCUCCCAUCCAAACAUUGCAUUCUUUCACGCGCUUUCUUUUGGUUAGCGCGAUCACAUGACCAGUCGCGUUUGCGACCCCUUCGAAAUACGCUAGAAUAAGACCGCAAAACUACGAAUAUGUUGCAUCAUUCGAGCUUCAUGCGAGCCCCUCUCUUGGACGGCGUGCCCUCCCGGUCGAAAACGGGGAAGAUGUACCCCUUUUUUCCAAAUGAUUCACGUUCGUACAGGUUUAUACCCGUUUCGGUGCACGGUCGCCCGCACCACAGCUGAUAAAAAUGCUUGUCCAUUGCGCAAGUGCGGCAAUACACCAUCCCCCCCAUUGGCAUUAGAGUUCAUUCAUGGAAAGUGGAUAUAGCAGGCGUCGCGAAUUCCGAACGAGUGUGCCCUCGCGACGAGGCGUGUGUGUGUGUUGGUGAGACGAUCGCGACCUAGUAUUACGGGCAUAAAAGUACCUUGCCGCAGCAAACGCUGAUUCAUUGUGCUUCGAACAACCGGAACAGAGCGUGAGAGAGUGUAGCAAUCUUUGUCGGGUGGGCGCGCGUGCUUGUGUUUGUCGUGUCCGCGAGUUUGAAAGUGUUUUGCCACUUCGAAAGCGAACAGCAUAGACAUUUCUAAUUGAAGACGAAUUGUGCACGGGUGUGAAGUGUGUUUGCCAAAGAUAACAAACGGCACCUUUCUCGUUUGUUUAGAGAACGAGUUGCAAUUGCAAGCACCAAGUAGUAGGCCAUCAUCCGGCGCCAUUUCACAACCUUGCCCAACGGAGAGCGCGCGCCCGUUUGAGCUUGGACUACUUGGGGUGGAAGGGUGAAAGUAGACGGCAUUCCAGAGAAGGUGGUGGAUCACGUGCUUGUGCGUGUGUGGACGAACUGGCAUCCACGUCUGGCAAUCAUCAGUCAAAGCGUACCAUGGUCCUGAAGGCAUCGGAUGAAGGAAAGAUGAUGGAGUCGAACGGUUUCCACACGGUUGGGAUCGGAUCGAGCGCAAGGAAGGCACUGUUGAGCGCGCUGGAGGAUAAGCGGCUAGUUGUUGGGUUGGCCAGUGCCGUACGCAGCUUGGCGGCCAAUCCGGAGUUGUACAAUUUUUGCUUUCUGGCACCGUUCGACGACCACGGUGAGAGUGGUAGCCACAUGCAGGAGGUGCUGCUGGAAGCGUUCUGUCUCGAGCACGACAUCUACAUUAUACGGGUCGACAGUGCGGACAAAUUGAGCCGUUUGGUGCAGUCUCCGGUUGUGGCGUCCUGUGCGCUGGUACGCAAGCUGCCACCGAAAAUGCUACGAAGAAUGAGCAGCGCCUUCCGACGAUCUGAAAGCAUCCUAAUCGAGCACUGUGAGCUGUACUGGGACGAACCACACAAACCCGUUAUCAAAUUGCCCGAAAAGUGAGCAACACAUCCUCUCGUGUGUUUAGUUUUGUGAAACAAGAGGACGUCCUUUAGGAAGCCAGAGCGCAACAAAGGGCGAGCGACCUUGCUUGUGCUAUAGAAUGGCAAAUAUUCUCCACUUACCUAAGAGCUAACUAGGCCAAUUUCAGGGCCAUAAGUUUGAAAUCCAUUAGCCGGUAGCGGGAAAGCGGGGGCCGCACGAUAAGCUAGGUUAAGCUAGGGAUACACAAGUAGCUACGAACGGCUCGAACUUUGACCAAUUGCGGUCCACCAAACAGUGCUGCACUGUAGCAAACGAUCGUUGGAAAGUGUGGACACGGGUUUUCUGUACUUUUAAACGCAAAUUACGUGCAAAAUAAAACACGAAAAUCACCGACGUAAACAAA